CCAUGUUCCAUGUUUCUUUUAGAUAUAUCUUUGGAAUUCCUCCCCUGAUUCUUGUUCUGUUGCCUGUCACAUCGUCUGACUGCCACAUUCAAGAUAAAGAAGGUAAAGCAUAUGAGAGUGUGCUGAUGGUCAGCAUCGAUGAAUUGGACAAAAUGACAGGAAAUGGUAACAAUUGCCCAAAUAAAGAACCAAACUUUUUUAAAAAACAUCCAUGUGAUGAUGCAAAGGAAGCUGCUUUUCUAAAUCGUGCUGCUCGCAAGUUGAAUCAGUUUCUUAAAAUGAAUAUCAGUGAAGAAUUCAAUAUCCACUUACUAACAGUUUCCCAAGGCACACAGACACUAGUGAACUGCACAAGCAAGGAAGAAAAGAAUCCAAAGGACCAGAAAAAGAAUGACCCAUGUUUCCUGAAGAGACUGCUGAGAGAGAUAAAGACCUGCUGGAAUAAAAUCUUGAAAGGCAGCAUAUAAACGCAGGACAUGUAGAUGGAGUUGCAGCCUCAAGUUUGUACAAUGGAAGAGUUGUAAUCCUCCUGAAAGUUGCUGGAUGUCUCCUGGCCAAAGGAUCAGAGCACCUGGGAAAUGCACAGUAAGGUACUAGAAGAUGGACACAAACAAUACAACCGGG